AUGCUCGUUGGGACAGUGGGAGAGCCUCCAGAGCUCCAGACGGACGUGUUCUUGGACUGCCUGUGGCUAGUGCAUGGCCUUGGCCAUCCUUUAGCAAGAGUGUCUGGGGGAGAGCUUUUUGACCGCAUUGUUGAGAAAGGGUUCUACACUGAGAAGGAUGCCAGCACUCUGAUCCGGCAGGUCCUGGACGCUGUCUACUACCUGCACCGAAUGGGCAUCGUGCACAGGGACCUCAAGCCUGAGAACCUACUUUACUACAGCCAGGAUGAAGAGUCAAAAAUCAUGAUCAGUGACUUUGGAUUGUCAAAGAUGGAGGGUAAAGGAGAUGUGAUGUCCACAGCCUGCGGGACUCCUGGCUAUGUUGCUCCUGAAGUGCUGGCCCAGAAACCCUACAGCAAAGCCGUGGAUUGCUGGUCCAUUGGGGUCAUCGCAUACAUCCUGCUCUGUGGGUAUCCCCCUUUCUAUGAUGAGAAUGACUCCAAACUCUUCGAGCAGAUCCUUAAGGCAGAGUAUGAGUUUGACUCUCCAUAUUGGGAUGACAUCUCUGAGUCUGCUAAAGACUUCAUUCGGAAUUUGAUGGAGAAGGACCCUAACAAAAGAUACACCUGUGAGCAAGCAGCACGGCACCCUUGGAUCGCUGGUGAUACAGCACUCAACAAAAACAUCCAUGAGUCGGUCAGCGCUCAAAUCCGGAAGAACUUUGCAAAAAGCAAAUGGAGACAAGCGUUCAACGCCACAGCAGUCGUGCGACACAUGAGACGGUUACACCUGGGCAGCAGCCUGGACAGUGCCAGUGCCAGCAUGUCCAGCACCCUCAGCCUCGCCGCGCCGCUUCCCGACGCAGCCACCCGGAAAGAUUGUAUGUCUCCAUCCACUCUCUGUAGUUUUGUUUCAUCUGCUUCUUCAGGCGUUUCUGCGGUAGGAGGGGACCGGAGACCCAGACCCACCACAGUGACCACAGUGCACACAGGGAGCAAGUGAGAGCCGGGGCGGCGAGGAGCGGGCAGGCGGCCGGGCUGGCGGGGUUCCGCUGCGCAAUCCCACCCGGCAGUGCACGCUCAGCGAAGGACUAGAAGAAAGAAGAUUUUUUUAUGGCCAUAUUUUAUACUGCAAUUCUGAAAUGUUUCAUUUAUCACAAACUGCAGUGACUCCAGGGGGAACGGAUCUAACAGUCUCUGGUGCUGUACAUACGUAUACAUAUAUAUAUAUAAGUAUAUAUAUAUGUGAGUCUAGCAAUGUUCUAACUAAUGAACACUCAUUCUUCUCCCCAGUGAUUUACUCUUUUCUCAGUGUAGGUAACAGUAUAUGU